GAUUACUUUUAUAGUUGUUCAAUUCACAAAAGAAAUCAAUCUGUUGAAUAUAUGAUAUAUGUAAUAUGUUGAUGAAAUUGAAGGUGUUAAUUUUAUUUUCGAUUGGUGCAGUACAAAUUUCUCGUUCGGCAAUUAUGGCCCAAAAUCCCACGGUAUCAAGUUUGUUGUUAUUUGAUUUUCGAAAUGCGGCCGAUUUAAAUAACUGGACAGAGCAAUCUGACACUGUGAGAUCAGCAGGAAAGUCAAAAGCGACAUUUGAUUUAUAUAAAACUCAAACUAAUCAGUCUGCAAUCUUGUUCACAUUGCUAAAUCCACUGCCAAAUGGUGCAUGUUUCAGUGGCGUCCGUACAUUAACACAAUUAAACCUUGAAGGAUAUGAAUAUAUAUCAUUUGUAUGCAAAACCACGGGAAAUGCCACUACAUACAAGAUUAUUUUAAGGCAUAAUAAUUUAAAUGACGAGCCAAACCCAACUUACGAACAAAAAUUUAAGGUAAACACUGAUUCAGAUACCACAGUGAAAAUGCCAAUUUCACAAUUCCAUCCCUAUUAUAGGGGUAAAGAAAUAAUAGAUGGACCUGCACUAAAUGUGAAAAAUAUUACCAACUUUGGUAUUCAAGUCGCUGGAGGCGUUUAUGAAAAUUUUAAACAAUCAGGAUUAUCGUCAUUAGUGGUAGAUCAAAUUUGGGCAGAGUCCUACGGAGAUACAAACUAAACAACUUAUGUCAUCGAUUAUAAUUAUACAAUAUGAAUUUCUGUCAACCAUUAAACUUAUUAGUCAUUAGACAUUAUCUAAAUUAUUAUCUAUAAGUGGACGAUUAUUUUUUUUUAUUAUUAUUAUUAUUAUUAUUAUUACAGUGCAUAUUGUAUAUUAUAUUGCUUAUACUUAAGUUGAACUCAACUAUCUAAUUAACUCAAUUUCUUAAAACUAAAUAUUGUAAUGUAAUAUUAGGAACCUAUUCAUAAUAUAUAAUAUUGUAUUGCUAUUUAUUUUGUAUUUUCAUGAGUUUUGGUUUGAAACAAUUGUUGAGAGGUGGCAUAAUAUUAUUGUUAGCAGAACUUUUCAAAACGUAUUAAUAAUAUAAAGAACUUACUGUCUUAAUAAACUUAAUGGAUAUUGUUGAAA